UUCAGUCGAGACGAACACGCACACUCACUCAAACACAAGCCGAACAGGUGGUCCAGACCUACCUGAGGAGCUCGACAUGAGGAUUUACCUUGUUUUUCACCUGUGUGGAUACAAUGUGGCGGUCGCUUUCUGAAUCCGAAUAGUCCCGAAGAGUUCACACUUCACGCGCUUCCCUGUGAGGAGUCUCCGGGAAUAUCGGGCGAAUAUGAAAGUGACAGUAUGUUUUGGGAGGACCAGGGUGGUCGUUCCCUGCGGGGAUGGGAAUAUCAAAAUACACAAUCUUAUCCAGCAAGCCACAAUGCGCUACAAAAAAGCCAUCGCCAAGGACCCGGGGUACUGGAUACAGGUUCAUCGGCUGGAACAUGGAGAUGGAGGCAUUUUGGACCUGGAUGAUGUGCUGUGUGAUGUAGCUGAUGAUAAAGACAGGCUGGUGGCGGUGUAUGAGGAGCAGGACCCUCAUCAUGGUGGCGACGGCACCAGCGCCAGCUCCACCGGCACCCAGAGCCCUGAGCUCUUCACCAGCACUGAACUCAACUCCAGCAACCUGUCAGCCUUCCAGCCCUACCAGACCAGCAGCGAGAUCGAGGUCACGCCGAUAACACUCAGAACCAUUUCAGACAUGCCUUUGCAUGUGCGCCGUAGCAGUGAUCCAGCUCUAGCCGGCCUUCCCGAAGCCCAGCUCCAGCCGGAGGAACCGUCCCGUAAUAACCGCACACGCUGGUCCACCACUGCAGGCUUUCUGAAGACCAACCCCACCAGUGGAACCAACAGUCUAGAGCGAAAGGGUAAGAAUCUGGAGGCGUACCGCAGCCUGCCCCGUGACGUCACCCCCUGGUCGACACAGUUUCAGAGAGAAAACACCCGCUCUUCGCUCAGUGCAAACCAUCCCAUGGUGGACCGAUGGCUGGAGCGCCAGGAACAGGAUGAAGAGGAUGAAGACGAGGAGCGGACUGAAAACGGCAGGAAUGGGAGGAUAGAGCCGGUGGGACGAGCAGAUUCAUGUGUGGAAGCAGCUUCACUUGAUGAUCUUCUGAAGCCGGUGGAGGUGUGCAAUGGCGGAGGGCCGCUUGGAAUCCAUGUGGUGCCUUUCAGUGCCAGAGACAGAAGGACGCUGGGUUUGUUAGUGAAGAGGCUGGAGAGAGGAGGAAAGGCGGAGCGCGAGACUCUGUUCCAGGAGAACGACUGCAUCGUGCGGAUUAAUAACGCAGACCUGCGCAACAUCCGAUUUGAACAGGCCCAGAAUCUGUUCAGACAGGCGAUGCGUACUCCGCGAAUCCUGUUUCAUGUGGUUCCAGCAGGGAAAAAAGCCCAAUACGAGCUGCUGUCUCAGAAUGAACUGGGCAUUCAGACUGGUUCUAUAUCCGGAGACAGAGGCAGUCUGGUGGAAGGAGCCUUUAGUCCGAGAAGAAUGUCCAAAGCAGAGUCGACCCGUGGUUAUCCCACAUUACCAAACCCAGCAAACCCUUUAAACCAGACCCAACUGGACCCCAUCCAGCCCUCCAGACCCACCAGCACCACCUCAUCUGUGGGAUACUCCAAGAAGAUCGGCCGAAAGUUCAGCGUCCAGCUGCGGAAAGGUCCAGAGGGUUUGGGCUUCAGCAUCACUUCCAGAGAUGUCCCAAUCGGCACGUCUGCCCCCAUAUAUGUGAAGAACAUCCUCCCUCGAGGAGCCGCCAUUCAGGAUGGCCGUCUGAAAGCUGGAGACCGCCUGCUGGAGGUGAAUGGAGUGGAUCUGAAUGGUAAAACUCAGGAGGAGGUUGUGGCUCUGCUGCGCUCCACUGCCAUGGGAGGCACUGUAGGCCUUCUGAUCAUCAGACAAGAGGAUGCCUUUCUGCCCAGAGAAGCAAAAGAGCAAGAUGACCUCAUUUUGACGCCGGAUGGAACGAGAGAGUUUAUGACCUUUGAAAUCCCUCUCAAUGACUCUGGUUCGGCAGGGUUAGGGGUCAGCGUGAAGGGAAACAGAGCCAAAGAGAGUCACGAUGACCUGGGCAUUUUCGUCAAGUCUAUAAUCACUGGAGGAGCCGCCUGCAAGGAUGGGCGACUGAGGAUAAAUGACCAGCUGAUAGCAGUUAAUGGAGAGUCUCUACUGGAAAAAACGAAUCAGGAAGCCAUGGAGACCCUGCGCAAGUCCAUGUCCAUCGAGAGCAACAAGAGAGGCAUGAUUCAGCUGAUAGUGGCCCGGCGGAUCGCUGGAAGAGGAGAGGAGUCUCCGGGUAGUCCUCCUGUGCGUCUGAAAUCUCCACGAGACGAACACGAGCGGCGGAUCUCACAGUCUCUGUAUCCCGAGAGUCCUGAUGACAAACACACACCACGAUCCACCAUGAAGGCCAGAAUGAUGGGUCAUUUCCAGCUGUCUCCGACUGUGAAUAUGCCCAGGGACGACACGAUCAUCAUUGAAGACGAUCGCCCGCCUGUUCUUCCAGCUCGUCUGUCAGAUCAGUCCUCAUCCAGCUCUCAUGAUGAUAUGGGCUUCGUGACGGAAAUGCCCGAGUCUUGGACCAGGGAUGUGCAGAUACCUGACGACAGUACGCUCAGUCCAGAUUUGGAUAUGGAUAUGUUUCAGAGGGAAGGCUUUGGCCGGCAGAGCAUGUCAGAAAAGCGGACCAAACAAUACAGCGACCCUACUCAACUGGACAUCAUCCAGAGUCGCAAGUCCAAGAGUAUGGAUUUAGUAGCCGAUGAGUUUAACCUCACUCGCCGCACAGACGAGACUGAAGGCAACUCCAGCAGAGAUGUGGGCCCGGCGCUGGGCUUGAAGAAGUCCAGCUCAUUGGAGAGCCUCCAGACGGCUGUGGCGGAGGUGACGCUCAAUGGGGACGUCCCGUUCCACAGGCCUCGGCCCCGCAUCAUCAGGGGAAGAGCCUGCAAUGAGAGCUUCAGGGCCGCCAUCGACAAAUCAUAUGACAAGCCCAGUGUGCCGGCGCUCAGUCCUGAUGAAGACGAUGAGGGCAUGGAGACAUUGGAAGAAGACACAGAAGAAAGCUCACGGUCAGGCCGCGACUCCAUUUCUACAGCCACAGACCUCACACUUCCACCCUCCAACACCGAGAUCAACGGAGAACGCACCAAAGACGAUAAGAAGAAGGACAAGAAAGACAAGAACAAAGCCAAGAAAGGAGUGCUGAAGGGCCUGGGCGACAUGUUCAGGUUUGGCAAAAACCGCAAAGACGAAAAAAUGGAGCGCAAGGGUUCGAGUAAAAGCAAGAUGGAGGAGAUGACGGCCAGCGAGGAGGAGAUGCAAAGAAUGAGACUCGAACAGGAGAGGAUUCAGGCAAAGACGCGUGAGCUGCGGGAGCGUCAGGCCAAAGAGCGCGAGUAUGCUGAGAUCCAGGACUUUAGCCGGCCACUGAGCUCAGACGAGGAGCACACCUACGCCGGCAUCGGCUCUCUGGACUCAUCUCUUGACAGCAGUCUGGACCUGAGCCUCACGCCAGGACAGGAGCGUCCGCUGGGCCCCAGAGAGCCACCGCUGGCCCUCGAGACCCUGUACGCCCAGGUCAACAAGCCCCGCAGCGCCCGGACGGUCCCUGCAGACAGCAACAGACUGGCACCUAGCAACCAUGACCGGAUACAGCGGCUACGGCAAGAGUUCCAGCAGGCCAAACAUGAGGAGGAACCUGACGACCGGCGCCGAUCCUACAGCUUUCAGCAGCAGCAACCAUGGGCCAAUGCGGGUUCUUACACCCCGACAGGACGGCACUCGGUUUCUUUAGAAGUGCAAGUGCAAAAACAGAGGGAGGACAGAGACUCCUUCACACAAGCCCAGAGGCAGUACAACUCCUUACCACGACAACCCCGUAAAAACCCUAGCACCGUGUCUCAAGACUCCUGGGAGAAAGUUUAUCCUCCUGGCGAUGUCUUCCAGACGGCCAAAGAAAACUCGCGUUAUUCCAUCCACCAGGGGUCCCGGACCGCCAACGGGUACCUGAGUCCCACCCCCACCGGCCUGAAUGCCCGAGUCCUGCUGGAAACCCAGGAGCUGCUAAGGCAAGAACAGAGGCGCAAAGAGCAGGAGGCCAAAACUAAGCUGCCAACAAUGGAGGAGAAGCCAACCCUAAACCAAACACCAAUUCCUCCACCACCCAAAGGCCCAUUUCGGCAAGAUGUGCCUCCAUCGCCCACCCAACUGGCCCGACUCAACCGUCUGCAGACCCCAGAGAAAAACAGACUCUUCUACUCCUGAGAUCAAAACUGGAUCUUUAUUACAGCAAUAAUACUGAAUGGAGAUGGACAGAGGUUUUUGCUUUUACUCUAUUAUGAAAUCUUUGUAUACACUGAAGAUCUUUGCUGACUAUUCAUCACCUUUCUUUUGAUAAACGUGUGUGUGUGUGUGUUUGUGUGUGUGUGUGUGUGUGUGUGUGUGUGCAUUGCAAAAUGGAUCUAUUACUUGGUGGUUUAUAAGGACAUGCAUUUGUAUAAUGACAUGGGUAUGACCUAGGUUUUACCUCGCUGCAGUGGUUUAUUGGGACAUGUCUUGUGUCCUCAUAAUUCAGAAGACCUAAAAUCCUACUCAAUGGGGUAUUUUGGGUUGGGUUUCGAGAUAUUGGUAGGGUAAGGCAAUAUAAUAAGUGUUUUUUACAGUAUAAAAUACAUUAAACUAAUGAAGAGUCCUCAUAAACCACCAAAAGCAAUGUGUGUGUGUGCUGGUUUUGGUGGUUUUUGAGGACAUAAUUUUGUAUAAUGACAUGGGUACAUAGGUAUUAGUGUGUGUUUGCUAGUGUUGGUGGUUUAUGAGGACAUAGAUUCAUAUAAUGGCAUGGGUAUGACCUAGGUUUUACACAGUAGUUUAUCAGGACAUGCCGUGUGUCCUCAAAAUUCAAAACACACAAAAAAAAAGAUACUUAAUGGGGUAUUUUGGGUUGGGUUUAGAGGUAUUGGUUGGGUAAGGCAAUAUAAUAAGUGGCUUUUACAGUAUAACAUGCAUUAAGCCUUUAUGGAGAGUCCUCAUAAAACACCAAAACCGAUGUGUGUGUGUUUGUGCUGAAUUCAUUGACGGUGCGGCAGGUUCUCUUGACAAUCACAUGACAGGCGCCUGAGGCUUUGAGACAUGGCUGUUUCCUCCAUAUUGUGACCUACAUAUCAUGUUUUUGUCAAGUGCGCCGAGAACAUGAAGGCGGGUGAAUUUCAGUACUCCUGUCAGGAACACGUCUGGGUCAUAUUUCACCGCAAAAUCAAAACACAAAAAUAUGCAAUAUUUAUCUUUCAGAAGGAUGCCUGAUUCUGGGUGCAUAAAUAUCGUUUUCAUUGUGAUGUUUUUAACGCAUAGCCCAACACUUAUAACAAAUACAUAUCAUGGCCAUGCACACAUUAAGCAUUUGUUAUUCAUUUCUUCUGUAGAAUUUACCAUCAAGCUUCCAUUAGUUGACAUGAACUAAUAACUAAAACACCAAAGCAUGCAUUAAUCUAAUCGCAUCUGUCUAUUUAAUGCACGUGAGUUAUAGUGAAUUAAAAGUGAACAAUUGCAUUACAGUAAGAGUAACAGAUUUAUAAAUGCUGUAACAAAUGCACUGAUCAUUAUUAACUAACAUGUUAACUAGUGAGACCUUGUUGUUGACAUUUUCUUGCUUUGUUUUGUUAAAUUUUGCCCAGUUUUGACUAAUUAGUUCUUCUGUUUUAGUUAAAUCAAGUCCACAAAACUAUUUGUUGUCUUAAUAUAGUUGAAUUAUUAUUUAUGUAAACACUAUUUUAAUAAAAUGAGAGAACUCUUUUAAUUCAAUAGCCACAAAUAGGGAACAACAGGGAACAAUUUUUGAUUUAAUAGCCACAAAAUCUUGGCGUUUGUACACAUUAUCCAUUUUUUCUUCUGCUUUUUCUAAAUUGUCAUUUUCAUUAGACUUUCAUUAUAUACAGCUUUUUGUUAAUACUCAAUUUUAAAAGAAUCAGUACAACGAAUAUCAAUGAUUUAGAUCUAUUUUGCCAUUAAAACAAAUCAUAAUUUUUAUGUCAAAGUUCUGAUAACAAAAUUGCAUUACACUAAUGAGAAUUUAGUGUGUGUGUGUGUGUGUGUUUGGCUGAACGUACCUAAUAGAGUAUGGUAAGGUUACGACCCCUCAACCCUCAGCUCUCUGCUACUGAAACCCCUAUUAACCCAUCAUACUUCUCAAUCCUUCCUCAUGUGACACUUUCCAUCUCCCCCACUUCACAAUUGAUUCUUCUACCCCUUUCUCAAUUUAGCAGUGCCUGUUCUUCUAGUAAUAAGCUGGAAACAGAUCUCACUCGCCUCACAGUAUAUAGUACAUCCCAGAAUUCAGGAAUCAGGGAGGUAUAUAUUUGAAAUGUGUUAAAAUACUUCCUAAAUAAUAACAGAUAUGUGCUAUUAGUACUUAAAAUGAGAUAACAUGCAGUGUGUAUCCAUCAGGAAUUAGUUUUUAGCCUUAUACAUGUAUUUGUAUAACCAUAUUGAAUAUAGGUGAAUCCCAUUUACAGAAAAAAAAAAAAAAACACGAGUGUCCCACGAGUUCUAUGUUAAAAUCAUAUGUGAAACACCAUGGAACACACAUGGAAUACACAUGGAACAUACAUGAAACACUUGUGGAACAUAUGUGAAACGCAUGUGAAACAUACAUGGAACACAUAUAGAACACACAUGAAACACUUGUGAAACACAAGGAACACUAAUGGAAUGCAUGUGGAACACACAUGAAACAAAUAUAGAACACACAUGAAACAAUUGUGGAACACACCAGGAUUUCUUAUGGAACACAUAUAGAACACACAUGAAACAUACAUGAAAAACUUGUGGAACAUAUGUAGAACGCUUAUGGAACGCAUGUGAAACACACAUGGAACACAUAUAUAAGACACUUGAAACACUUGUGGAACACAAGGAACACUAAUGGAAUGCAUGUGGAACACAUGGAACAAAUAUAGAACACAUGAAACACUUGUGGAACGCUUAUGGAACGCAUGUGAAACACACAUGGAACACAUAGAAGACACAUGAAACACUUGUGAAACUCAAGGAACACUAAUGGAAUGCAUGUGGAAUACAUGGAACAAAUAUAGAACACACAUGAAACACUUGUGGAACACACCGGGAUUUCUUAUGGAACACACAUGGAACACAUAUAGAACACACAUGGAACACUUAUGGAACACACAUAAAGAACACAUAUGGAACACUUAUAGAACACAGAACACACAUGAAACACUUGUGGAACACACGUAACACAUAUGGAACACAUAUGUAACAUGUGAAACAUGCUUUCUGGAAAAUGGUCUCGUGCAAAAGAGAAAUCACAUGAUCACAUAUUAUUUCACAUGAAAAUGUUCCAAUAAGACACGUUUCAAAUAUCUUAAUAUUUGUAAGGGCAUCUUCUCCUGCUUGUUUGAACAACCCAGCAGACACACAAUGUCACAAGACAUUAAUAUUAGGUUAGAUUUAGGUCGCCAUCAUCUAAGAACAAUGUUAUUCUAAUGUCCACUAACUAUGACAUUGAUAUUUGGUUGUUUUUAGGUUACAUUGGAAAGUAACCUAAAUGCAAUGUCUGUCUGACAUUGGACAUUGACGUUGGCCUGACGUAAAAUUCUGACGUCAACCCGAUUUUCAUUUCCAAACAAAAUGCAACGUCCCCAUGAUGUUGGGGUCAAUCUGACGUCAUGGUGACAUUGUGUGGCUGCAGGGUACUUUUAUAAAAAUGAGCUGAAACAACACAAUUCAUGAGAAUUUGUUUUUGGGACAUCUUAAUUGUUUAUGUUCAAUCCACUUAAAUUUGUUAAGUUAAAUUAAUCGAUUUGUUUUGGGACAACAUUAAUUGUGUGAAACCCUGCAUAUUAUUAUAAUGUUUUUUUUUCACACUUUACAUGAUAUGGAAUUGAACUCGAUUUCCAAAAUGAGCAUUUUCAGCAUUUCCCCAAACACUAUAGACACACUUUUUUAUGCUAUAUUGCUUUUUUUGUGAAUAACAUUAGAAUAGCUAUUGAGAAUGCAUCAAUUAUAUGACAGGUGAUUGGAGGAGCUUAAAAAUUAGAUGAUGUCAGUCAGAGUGGGAAAUCAUGUUAGGGGGAUCAUGUUUUUUUUUUAAUACAUUUUAUUGAAAGAUAGAACAAAGCAUCCUGAGCAUGUAUUAACAAAGUAAACUGUGUGGAUUUUAUACUAAUGCUUCCCAUCCAGGCUAUUCCUCUGACUUCCAGACAGCGUGUGCUUGUUUCUGUGUGGAUGCAUUGGUUUUUGACCCAGUAGGUGUGGAUGUGAGUCUGACCUUUGUCUUUGGUUUCAGCGGCUCAGGUGGAGAACACUUCUGUUCAGCACUUUAGUUUUUUAUCGCACAGGUUAAUGGGCUGUUGCUCGCGCACAUGUUCCACUAUAACACAACAAAGCUCAGGUUACAGCUCCAGCCAUUCAAAGCCUGUUUAAGAGAGCAGUUCAGCACGUAAUGAAAAUUCUGUCAUCAUCUGCUCUCUCUCAUCUCAUUCCAGUCCUGUUUAACUCUCUUUCUAUGGUACACAACAGUAGCUCACUGUUUUUUUUUUUUUUUCAGAAAAGGACAAAGCAAAGUGGGUUUUUUUCUGCCCAAUCUGCGACAUUGGUUUUAUUAAUUGUUAUCCAGUGCUUAAACAACUCACAUUUUUAACUCAAUAUACAGUAUCUUAAGAGUCCAAAUGUCUUUGAUCUUAUUAACUAGAAUAUCUAUCAAAAUGAAACCGUUUUCGCUUAUAACAAGAACAAAACAAUAGUUUCCUUCUUGAUCUAACCUCAUCUUGUUUUAAGCAUAAACUCACUUAAUUUUGCUGCAUUCAUCUAUAGAGUUAUUAUUCUGCCUCCAAUCUCAUUUAAAUUACUUUAUUGAUAUCUCCCAAGAGCUGUUUAACAGAGAUUUUUUAAACAUAAAAGUUUUAAUAACUAAUUUAAUUUCUAGUAUUGACCUUCUUGAAAGUUUGCAGCAGAUUUUUAUAAUGGAAAACAAGACUAAUAAAGCAUGGCACGGUGGCUCAGUGGUUAGCACUGUGUAUUCACAGCAAGAAGGUCGCUGGUUCGAGUCCCAGCUGUGCCAGUUGGCAUUUCUGUGUGGAGUGUGCCUGUUCUCCAAAUGUUGGUGUGGGAUUCCUUCGGUGUAGGAGUCCAAACACAUGGGCUAUAGGUGAAUUGAAUAAACUAAAUUGGUCGUAGUGUAUGAGUGUGUGUGUGAAUGUGAGAGUGUAUGGGUGUUUCCCAGUACUGGGUUGCAGCUGGAAGAGCAUCUGCUGCGUAAACCAUAUGCUAGAAUAGUUGGCAGUUCAUUCCACUCUGGCGACUAAUUCAAAGGAUAAUGAAUGAAUGAAUGAACACUAAUAUCAGCUCAAUGCAGUGUGUUGGUUUUAUGAAACUGAACAGCCAGGACAAACAUUGAUAUUUAUGCAUUGACCCGACACCUUUAUCCAUUGUUGCUUACUUUACAUUGUAUAAGUUAAAUCAGUGAAUACAUUCUCUGAAUGUGAACCCACAACCUUGAAUGUGUAAAGUAGCAAAAACCUUUUUCUUGUUGUUGUUAAAUGACUAUCCCUUUAAAUCUACACUGCAAAAAAUGCUUUUGUCUUGUUUCUGAUCAAAAUAUCUUUAAAAAUUUAAAUCAAGAAGCAUUUUCUAGACAAGCAAAAACUACCCCAGCAGCCACACAAACAUUAUAAGGCAUUAAUAUUAGGUUAGAUUUAGAUCGUGAUGUCACGUGACCAAAAUUCAAUGUCUAGCCAGUGUCUAAGGUCAACGUUAUUUUGAUGUCCGAUUAUGAGGUUGAUAUUUGAUUGAUUUUAGAUGGCGUUGGAAAGUGACCAAAAUCCAACGUCAAGCCAACAUCUUAAACCAAUGUAAUAUUGACAUCAAAUACUGACAUUUAUUCAUCAGGUUUGGCAACCAAAAUCCAACGUCUGAUAGACGUCAUAGUGGUAACGUCCACACAACGUCAAGCUGUAACAUCAUUAGACAUUUAUAUCUGGUUGAUUUUAGGUUGGACAUUGACGUCAGCCUGACAUUGAAUUCUGACGUUAACCUGAUUUUUAUUUCAAAACAAAAUGCAACGUCCCCACAAUGUUGGGGUACAACAUCAAUCUAACGUCAUGUUGACGUCCUGUGCCUGCUGGGACUAUUUUAAGAAAUAAUAUGCCACAUUUCAAGUGAGUUUUACCUUAAAACAAGCUAAAUAAUCUGCCUAUGGGGUCAGCCAAAUAAGUGUUUUUCCUUUUGGCAUAAGAUUAUUUUGCUUGUUUUAAGAAAAAAUUCACUUAAUUUUGGCAAACUUUGUCUUAAAACAAGAGCAUGCUUAAUGCUUGUCCAGAAAAUACUUCUUGAUUUAAGAUUUUGUAUAUACUUGGACUAGAAAUGAGUCAAAAAUUAUAAGUAAGAGAAGCACUUUUAUUGCAGUGAAGCCAUCUUUUUACUGCUCAUUCAGAAAUCCAAAACCACUCGUCAUGUGACUUUUAUGUGUGCUCUAUAUUUUUUGAUAUUUGUAUGUGUCUGUGGGUUUUGCGUGGGAUUGUGUAUCAGCAGUGCCUGUAACAUGACUCUUUCUCUCUCUCUUUCUCGUCUACGAACUGUUUCUUGGCAGGAACAUAAAACACUUGGCCACAUUUUUCAGAGCCAAAGCUAAAAGAGCUCAAUGCGCUUUUACAAAAGGGAAAGCCAAGCUCAUUGACCAAUAUACUGCCCUCAGAGUCUCUUAAAGUGAGUCUGCUGGCGUCUUCCAUUGUCUCCCAUUCAUUUAUUGUGGAAAAUGUCUAUUAUAUCUUCUCUGUUCACCAUGCAAACAUUUGGUACUUUCCCCAAUGAUGAUGUUAUGGGUACAACAUGAUGUGCUUCUAGUAUUUAAUCUACAAACAGAGAUGUUUCCAGCACAGCAGUGUUUUCAUUUGAUUUGAUUUGAUUGUUUUGGUGCUGGCUGCUUAUCUACUAUUGUGUGCAUAAGAUGUUUUUGAUGGGAAGGGCCUGUGAAGAGGGAUGUUUUUGUAUGUUAAAAGUUUAAUGUGUUGCCAAAUGCACAUAUUUUUUUUUUUAAAUGAAAUAAUUAUUGUAUUGUUUUGACUUUAUAUGGUCAUACAGCAUUUGUUGUAAUCGUUAAACGAAAGAAAGCUAUAGAGUAAAGUGCACAUUUUAAUGUAUUUGACAUUUUGUUGUUCAUCUAUGUCGUAGGUAUUAUGGUGUUUGAUUGUGAAAAUGCUUUUUACACAUAUAUUUUUACCUGAUGUGUCAAUAUGUACACAAACUUACUCUGUACAUAUCAAAUCUAGCUAUAUUCAAUAAAUAUGUUUCCUCAUUCUGUUUACA